AUGCAGAAGACCAAGAUCAGGAAGACGCUGGGCGCUGGCGUCAUGCACCCAUCUCACAGCCCAUGGGUGUUGCUGGUGGUCUUGGUCACCAAGAAGGACAGGUUGACUCAGUUCUGCAUCAACUACCAUGGCCUGAAUCAGGUCAUGAAGUGGGACAGUUACCCACUCCCACAUGUGGAUGACAUCCUCAACAUGCUGGUGGGCUCUGUGUGGAGAUUGUCCCUCAACCUCAUCUUGGGCUACUGGCAGAUCCUGGUACAUGAAGAUGACAUCAAGAAGACUGUGUUUGUGACCUGGCAUGGCACCUUUGAGUUCAUGGUGAUGCUGUUUGGGUUGACCAAUGUGCUGGCAAGUUUCCAGAGGGAUAUGGACAUCAUCCUGUCAGGCCUCAACUGGGUCAGCACUCUGGUAUACAUCAAUGAUAUCAUUGUCUUCUCUGUCUCGUUUGAGGACCACCUCCAACACCUCCAGGAGGUGUUCAACUGGCUGUGCACUGCCAACAUGUUUGUGAAGCCAUCCAAGUGCAACUUCUGUCAGACCAAGUUGCUGUUCCUUGGACACCUUGUGCAGAAGGAUGGCAUUGCCAUGGACCCUGAGAAGGUGCACAUUGUGCAUGAGAUGGCACAGCCUGUCAACACCACUGAGGUGUGA